AUGAACCCACAGAGAAAGAAGUGUUCUCACACUAUCGUUGCAAAAGGCCAUGCAAACGACGACGAGAUCGACUUCAACACCCAAAGCUCAAGCCACUGGGACGGCCUCCGCCACUUCCCAUACACGGAAGCCAAACUCUUCUACAACGGCACAAGGCAAGACGAGAUCUCCGGCCCUCAAGCCAGCACAAAAACAGGCAUCCAAAGAUUGUCACCCAAUCCAUGUAAACAACCAAUUUAA